AUGACCACUACCCCUUUUAUGCAUCGGUCUUACAGGUGGUGCGUCUCGGCAUUUUCGGGGACUUCGAUCUCUUCGAGUUUGAAGGCGCCGACGAAAACAUCAAGCUCAAAGAUGGAGUGGGAACAUAUCGAUCCAGAGCCAAGUAAAAAUGGUAUCUUCUUGUCGGUGCAUGUCUUGUUCUACAGCGUCGGACUUGGCAUUACGAUUCUCUUGAUGAAUGUGUUGAUUGGCGUCCUGGGGAGCAACUUCGACCUUUACCAAGACCGAGCACCCGAACUCUUCAGCCGCGCACGCGCCAAGUUGCUUCUAGAAAUGGAAGGCCGGCCGAUGUUACAGCUCUUGAUUUUUCUGAAAACCUCCGCCCAGACAAUGAGAAAGAACAACAGGACUUUGUUGGCGAUGCUUGUGCAGUUUGUAUACACCUGUGGUACGUGUAUUCACGGACUCUUUCACUUUGUCCUCUUGCUCUGUGCGCUGCCAGUGCUGUGCAUUCUGACACCCUUCUGUAGUUGGAGCGGUACCUAUCACACUUUCAGACAACUUCUGAAGGCACACCUCACUCCUGACAAUGCUGAUAUGCCGAAGUACAUUUGGGUCAUCCAGCGAGAAUGCACCAAUGACCUCGAGCUGCGCAGUCUUCAUGCGCUGGUGAAGGAGAAAGUGAACGAGGUGAAUCGAAACGUGCAAGGCAAGUUGGGCGAGAUGGACCAAAAGAUUGAAACCAUCACGAAAAUGCUGAAGGGACUAGAGGAACGGAGUAACGGAGCGGAGGCGCGGAGCGUCUCAGGCGCCACGGGGCCCAAUGAAAAAUCGUGA